AGAGUUCAAUACGCAAGUGGCCCUGUACCGAGAGCUGGUCAUUUCUAUCGGGGAUGUCUCUGUCAGCUGCCCCUCACUCCGGGAGGAAAUGCACAAGACAAGAACCAAAGGCUGUGAAAUGGCCCGCCAGGCACAUCAAAAACUUGCGGCCAUCUCAGGCCCCGAAGAUGGUGAGAUCCAUCCAGAAAUCUGCCGACUUUAUAUCCAGCUGCAGUGCUGCUUAGAAAUGUACACAACAGAGAUGCUGAAAUCCAUAUGUCUUCUGGGGUCUCUUCAGUUACACCGAAAAGGAAAGGAGCCUGGAGGGGGAACCAAGAGUUUGGAUUGCAAAAUCGAGGAGAGCGCUGUAACACCUGCUGUGGAGGGGUCCUCGUCAUCCCCCACAGACGCUCAGCACCAUUCCUGGCAGGUUUCCACAGACAUUGAAAACACAGAAAGAGACAUUCGAGAAAUGAAAAACCUUUUAAGCAAACUCAGGGAAACUAUGCCUUUACCAUUGAAAAAUCAAGUUUAAGGAAAAAGAGGGCCCUGGAAAAGGAGUGAGAAGCUCUGGUCUGCUGAAGCUCCGCCGCAGGCUUUAGCCAACCAUCCCAGUCUCCUGGCGGACAGCCCACUGUCCUUUCUAUUGCAUCGGCGCUCCGCCUGCCCUACAUUCUGGGUCAAUGGCAGUCCUGUGGGGAGCUUCAUUAAUUAUGAGAGUCUUGCUGUGUCAAAUGGAUUAUAAAUGGAACUACCUGUAGAGAGCCCGCAAGGUUUCUGACAAAGGGUAAAAGGAGAUUUGAAAAUAAAGGACAGAUAUCUUCUAAA